AUGGACGGUUAUUUCCGGUUGAAUAUGAAGAGGAAGGAACUCGAAGACGUCAAUAAUGAAUUCUCCGAUUUCUCCCUUUCGUCUCCCGCUAGAAAGACACGUCGACUGGAUGUUGAUUUAUUGCCGGUGAUAGAGGAGGAGGAUUCCGAAAUUCCGAUGUCAUUUGAGCAAUCAGUACCGGGACAGAGCUUAGUAGGGAAUGCGGAGGGUCUGACUAUUGAAGAAUUGCCCGGCGUACCGGAGAAUCAAGAGAGGUCUAUUGUGCUUUACAAUCCAACGAACAUGCCUCUCCUGCAGUCCCCUUCAAAUUUCUCGAUUUCGGUGAAUCCGGACCUGAUUUCGGGGUUGAAAAAUCAAAUUUUGUGGUCUAGCCAAUCAAACAAUUGGAGAUCAGAGAACAAUGAGGCUGUGAUAGAGGAUAAGAAUUCCAGUGCAACUAACAAUUCUCUGGCUGUUGUACCGUGGGUGGCAUCGCAGCAUCAUUCUGCACCAGGUGUUGAGGUUCCUCCUCAAGCGGAUAUUACUGGAAUGAUGGAUGAUGAAGUAGGGGAGGAAACAAUGGAUAUUGAAGCUGACAACAAUGACGUGAUUGGUUUUGAGCAAAGGAAUGUAAAUGACUCUAGUGGGAUGAGUUUAAGUGACGGUUUACAUCACUGGCAACAGCAGCCAUGCAUGAUUCCACAGCCUCCCCAGAACACGGUGACUCCAGUUGUUUGGUACCGAUGA